AUGGAGACGGGGAGAAAACACGGUUUUGGGGAGAUUCUGAAGCCAAUGAAAAAGCUUUCUGGGGAGGCUGAGGUACUGCGCAAGCGUGGCAGGAGGCCAUCGAAGCGCAUGCGCCUAGCCUUCCCGCUCCUAUUGCAGCAAGGGCUCAGCGGUCACGUGACAGUCACGUGCAGAGCACUAUGGAGCCCAACGAGGCCCAAACCUUCACUUCCUUCUGCCCUCAUGAAACCCAGAGUCUGCAGCCUACACAUGCCCUUGCUGCCUUCAGGCUUCCCUGUGGAGCUGGGCUCCAUCCGGGAUCCAGACACCCAGGUGGGCCGUCUUCAUCGCCUGGCUGUGGCUGGGGGCCCAGGCUGGGGCCUGGCCAGGCUCCUGCGCAGAGGAUGUUUGCCUAGUGGCUUUCGGGACCCCUGCCCCAGGAGUCCUAAGGCUCACUGUCUGUCAGUUGUCCAGGUAGAUGGUGAAAACUCUGCUGGGCAGACAGGGCUCUUCCUCUCAGCACUGCUGGGCCACACCUCUGUUGUGCAGCUCCUGCUGGCCUUUGGUGCCAAUCCCAACCACCGCUGCCUUGAUGGCAGCACGCCGGUCCACGCGGGCGCCUUCUCCGGCUGCAGCCCAGUGAUGCUACACCUGCUGCAGGCGGGGGGUGACUUGCGUCUGCAUGACCAGCAGGGUCGCACACCACGAGACUGGGCUGAGCAGGGUGGUGUCAAGCAGAGCUGGGAGGUGCUGGAGCUGUUACAGCUCUGCCGAGCUCACAUAUCGGCAUUAGUGCAUGGCAAUGAGCUGGCGCUCGCAUCUCUGGGCCAGUUGCAGGCCAGAUCUGGGAACAGCCUGCAGGGCUCCUUGUCUUCAUUGUGGCAGACAGACAGAGCACAGAGACUGGAACAGAGUGGGAGAUCUCCCCAGGUCCCAACCUUGGGGUUCGGCCAGUUGAGCAGCUUGUGGCCACUGGGUCUAGUAACGAGUGUACCCCUUGCGGACCCCAAGGAGCUAUUGCCAGCCCAGGGUGAGCCUGACCGAACCUACGAGAGCAGCUCCCACACCCUCAUGGCCAACCUCCUAUGGAAGGGACACUCCGUGACCAUGCGGCAGCUGAAGGCCCCUGGAACCCAGCCUGAUGUACUGCUGGCUGACCUUCGGCACUGCAGCACCCUGCACCACCCCAACCUGUUGCUGCUGAUGGCACUGAGCCCCUCAGCAGACCUGUCGGGGCUGUGCCUUCUCUUCGAGCCUGUGUGGCUGGGCUCCCUGCAUGUGAUUCUGCACCUGCGGGGACCGAGUGAGGAGGGGCCCCAGGCUGUGCCAGGCCUGCUGCCGGGCCAGCUGCUGCUGCAGGUGCUAGAGGCCCUGCUGUUCCUGCAAGCCCGCGGCCGUGCUCACGGCGGCCUCAGCUCCCAUGCUGUGCAGCUGGUGCGGCCUGGCCUGGCUAAGGUGGGCAACCUGGAGCAUGGGCGUUCACUGCAGCAGCACUGGCUGUGUCCCAGGCUGCAGCAGGGCCACCCCUGGGGAGGCCCAGGCCCAGGGCUGCCCCCACCCCCUGAAUUGUACCCAUGGCUGUCACUUGAGCUGAUCUGUGGUGACUUGCCUGCCACCACUUCAGACCUCUACAGCUUCUGCAUUUUAGCCCAGGAGGUCUUCACUGGAGAGCUGCCUUGGGCUGGAAGAGAGGGCCCUGAGGUGAAGGCCAAGCUGGAGGCAGGUGAGAGCCUGGCCCUGGACCCCUUGGUACCAGCCCCCUACCAGGCCCUGAUUCAGGCUGGGCUGGGCCUAAGGCCUGCUGACCGCUGGGGCAGCCUGCAGAGUACUCGAUACCUGCUACGGGAGGCCAUGGCCCAGGACUCUGUUCCUGAGGUGAGCUCCCCAACAGAGUGGACCACAAUGUCCUCUGCACUGCUCGGCUCUCCCCCAGAGAAACUAUACUAUGAUGUGGCUCCCAGAGCCAAGACUACACCCAGGCCUGUGCCACCUGUGAUGUCCCCUGGCCCCAUUCCAUCCCAGGCCCUGGAGACUCCUGAGGUCACAGGCCACAGCGGGUUCCAGAGUGGUGCAGCCUGGGACUCAGGCAGCAGCUUGACUCUAGACAGCAGCCCCAGCCCCAGCCCCGGCCUUUGCCCUGGCCCCAGCCACAGCCCCACAGCCAGGGGCCCUGCCCUACACUCCAGCCUUGAGGAUUCAGCCUCCCUGCUGGGGAUCCAGAGCUCUGUGGAGCAGUUUGAGAGGAAGUUCUCAGCCAAGAUCUAAACUGCAGCGGCUGCUGUGGCACGCUCACAGGGUUACCCCACUGGACCCCCAGCCCUGUGAGCCCACCCCCUGCCUGCUGACCCACAGAGGCUUCCCACACCUGGGAGACUGCUGGCAGGGAAGGCCACCAGGGCAGGCUAAAGAAAGGUCCCCUAGCCCAUCCUGUGCCCACUCCCACUUCCCAAGUCCCUUGGACUUUGUGGCUACCAGGUGGCAGCUCCAGCUUUUUCCUCCUUCAGGCACCCAGUACUGAGCUGAUUGGAGGAAAUUUCUUCUCCAGUCUGCAGAAGAUGGAUCUGCUGGAGGAGAUAACAGCAGAGCUUCAAAGAAGAUGCCAACCCAGAGGCGAACCCCACUUGUCUGACCUUGGCCCCACUCCUGACACAGAUUCCUGGAGUGCCCAUGGUGCCCUCUCCGCAGACGUCACCCCACAGAGCUUUCCAGGAGUAACUCCCCACUCAGUGUCUGCCUCAGA